CUCCAGACGGCUUCAGAAACCACGAUGGGGCCCCCAAAACCGGCCCAAAACAUGAUUGACUGGCUCUUGGUUUACCUGAAAUGCCCCCAAAACCCCUUGAAAUGUCGCAAUUUGAAGUGCAAUCUGAAAAUUUUCUUUGGGGCUGCCGCCCCCGGGCCGGCUUGCGCGGAACAGAAGGGGAUUGCCAGGAUUUGUGGCUGCCUGCCACAGAGCAGCUGUCCGGCAUGUGCUGUUGGACACGUAAGACGAAUGCAAGCCUUGCACACAAAAAAACCCUUGUAAAAUGCUGCAAUUUGAGGACCGAUAUGCGAAAUUUUCUCAACAGAAAUAGUACACAUUAUGCAUUAUAACGCCCGUAAGCCCCAUAACGGUUCAAUCGACACUGCCAGCUUCAUGAAAAGCACAGCUGUUGGAUCCAAUAAUAAACUGUCCUCAAUCUCCUAAUACAGCUACCUUAGUCCACAGGCUGCCUCAUACCUAUUUGUGCAUGUUACGCAAGCCUCAGAAUGCAGGCCCACGCCGCCUGCAACGUUAGGGUCGCCGAGGGCAUUUCGUCGCUGUUUGGCAAGGAAGCGAACUCAGACUGCAGAAUUGUCUUUCGCUUAGAGCAUCAUGAUAACGAACGCGACUACGGGACUCAGUCGGGGCGCAAGCGCGAACGCGAGGACGAUGUUGACAACUCGACUGUUGGCGAGCCGCUUCCCGCGCACUCGUUCGUGCUGCGCUUUGCCAGCGACAAACUAGCGGCACAGCUGGAGUGGCCCGCCAAGACGGCUACUGGCGCCAAUGAACAGGAGCGGCCAGCAGCAAAGAAGGCGAAGGGCAAGGGGCGGAAGGCAGCGGCCAAGCCCUGUGCUGCGGAGGAGCAGCAGCGGCCGUCGCCGCCUGUUGUGGAGGUGCGGCGGCAGGCGGCCUACCUGCAGAUGGAGGGCUGCGUGGAGGCGUGCGCGGCGGCGGUGCGGGAGAAGCUGACAGCGGCGGGGGCGGAGGCGGUACCAGCGGGAACGGCUGCGGCUAGCGCUACGGCGCAGUCAGUCGCGCAGACGCCAGCCGCAGCAGCAGCAAAGGCCGUACUCGAGCUGUACCGCUGCACAGACGUGUGGCCUGACCCCGCGGACGACGCCGCGUUUGCGGCACUGCUGACGGAGGCCAAGCGGCGGCUGGUGGCGCACCUUGGCGAUGCGUUGGCGGUGCUAAACGACCAGACCCUGUAUGACCAGAUGCGGGCUCUGCCGGCUGUGGGCCUGGAGGCUCUGCUUGAGAGCGACGACUUCGGCACAGACAGCGAGAGCAGCGUGGUGCUGCUGCUGGCGGAGUGGAUGGAAGCCGCCGACAACUUCAGCCGCACCGAUGCGGCGACGCGGCGGCGGCUGUGCGGGCUGCUGCGGCUGGCGCAGUGCAGCAAGACCUAUCUCGCCUGGGUGCUGCCCGUGCUGGCCGCGCGCCACCUGAAAAGUCCGCAGCAACCGCACGGCUGGUUCGCCGUCAGCCCGGAGGCGGUGACAUGCGUCAGCAACUUCGCCGCGGCGACGGAGGAGGAAACGCAAGCGCUCACUGCCUCCGGUGACCUGGUUCCACUGCUGCAGCCGUACACAGACACGUGGUUGAGUACAAAACGCUGGCGCCAGUGCCUGCCCGCCGCCGGGCGGACCUUCGACUUCAACAUUAGCCUGACGGCCUUGGAGCAGCAGGAGCAGACACUCGCCAGCAUGGCUCCGGGAUCAGCCUGGUGGAUCACUGGUGUUGUGCCAGGGGCACCCACAAGCGGCCGCGUUGUCGCUUUGGGCCUCGAUUGGAGUGGAUUCCUGCAUCGGAAGAAGGGCCAGGACGCCGCGGCAGGCUGCUUCGCAAUCGUCAACAUGCCGCGGGUCCUGCGGCAGCCCGGGCUGGACGAGGCACGGCUCAUGUCCGCCGCGGUCACCGCAUUCCCCCGGAUGCGCCUAACAGUGUACAGCGGUAGCGCUGCCGGCGGCGAGCAGAGGAAGAAGGCCUGGGAGAGUAAGCCGGGCGGUGUCUCGAGCAUGGGCGUCGGGCGGGGGGGCAAGGGCUGCCUGCCGCUGCUCCCUGUCUCCGCCUCGGCGCAGCAGUCGGGUGGGGCGGUUGCGGCCCGGUGGGCUGCCUACCUUCAUGGCGGCCAAAUUAGAUGUGCCCUGACGCUGCUUCCGCCCUGACACAGCUUGAAGAACGGCGGGCGCCGGUCAGGGUGUGGUUAGGAUGAAGGGGCGGGCGGAGCGCCAGGAACGAUGUGUGCCAAGUACCGUAUUUGUUGUAAUGAGGCAGAUGUACGGAUUGAUGCUACUGUGGCAGACGUGCGGAAUAAUGCUACUUUGGCAUGUGCUUAUUGGAACAUGCUGUCAAGUACCAUAUUGGUACUUCAAUGAAACGUGCGCGUUGUGCUUUUGGUCGCACUAGUUAUGGGGGGGGGGUCAGUGGGCACAAUGUUUGGUUCAGUUUGGAUGGGGCGGCCAGAUGCCGUUGGGGCAGCCAGAUGCAGUGGAAAACUUUGCCUGUGACCACGCUGCAUCUAUGCUGUUACCUUGCGUACCGUAUUAUAUAGGAUGAGCGUUGGUGGAUCUAGGCUGUCAGAAAUCAUUGCAGCGGCUAUAAAGCAUUGAGGGAGCGCAGUGUGAGAGCGUAACCUCAGACCCCAACAAUCGAUUGACAACAGUUUGCAACGUCAAGGCACGAAUGUGGGUGCGGCGGAUAUGGCGUUGAGCAAAGACCAUUGUGAGUUGCAGCCAGCCGUGUGGAUGUUGGUACGUGAGCCUGGGGUGAGGCGAAGUUUCUAUUGCCCGGCCAUGAAGCCUGCAUGUGUAGUGAUGUGACGCCCCGGAAGGAGUGCGAUGGCCGAGCGGAUAGGCUAACGGGCAGGUUGGCGUAGUCAGAUGGCUGAUAUAGCUGAGUCCCGAUUAACAAGUUACACCCAGCCCCUGAAGUGGCGGAACCCAGCGACAAUGAAACAUGGCCAUGCGUCGCCCCCGCGCGCAAAUGAUUACCCGGCCCCGUUACCACUACCGCGUUACUGCGGAGUGCUGACCGUCCCCCAGGGCCCCCGAAAGGAGGGCAGAAGGCCCUCAGGACAUUCAGGGGCCUUGUGAGUUUUUUCCAUGCGUUUUUUUCCAUGCUACGUAUUAGUUGUGUUAAUGCCUAUUGCAUGUAAAUAGGUGGCCUC